AACUACUGAAGCUCUGCUAACGGGCGGUCGCUUUGUGUUUUUCGAAGACUGCGUGUGUUUGCUUGCUGCUGAAUGGACACGGCCAUUGGUGACACUGCCAAAUUAUGAGACUCUGUAAAAACCUCGAGCACAGCGGGGAAUGUAACACAGGCUGCAAAAUAGUGAGACAGUACCGCAUGCGCAGUUGGUGACAAUGUCCACAAUGAAGGCUAGCUAGCUUGUUAGCUGCUUUGAUAUCGGUUAUGAUAUGUUCUCCCGGGAUUUUGCGAAUAUGCCGUUUUCCUCACAGAAUUUUUCGACAAAAUUCACCCGUGCUGAAAAGCAAAAUAUGAUUAAAGACUGUGAUGGAAAUAAUUAGCUGUUUCCCCUCACAGGAUUGUAGCCGGGGCUAUGGCUAACGUAGUAGCUAGCUCCCUGGCCUGAUGCUGAUUAGUAUAACUAGCAUAAAGCAUAUUUCACCUAGGUGUGAUCUGGCGGGACAAGUGCUGGCCUACAUCAGUCUUCUACCCAUAGCAAUCCUUGUGGGUUUUGUUACACUCAUAGUGUUUAAACGGGAGCUGCACACGAUUUCCUUCUUCGGGGGGCUCAUCCUGAAUGAAGGGGUGAACUGGCUGCUGAAGCACAUUCUCAGAGAGCCGCGCCCAUGUGCAGGGAGUCAUGCAACCCUUCACACAGAGUAUGGGAUGCCCUCCAGUCAUUCCCAGCUCAUCUGGUUCUUUGUUGUUUACUUCUUUCUUUUCCUUUAUUUAAGAAUGCAUCAAACGAACAAUGCUCGAUGUGUGGACCUGCUGUGGAGACACAUACUGUCCAUCAUCCUGUUGGGCAUAGCCUUAUCAGUCUCAUACAGCAGGGUUUACCUGUUGUACCACACCUGGAGCCAGGUUUUCUAUGGCGGAGUGGCCGGUAGUACGAUUGGCAUAAUCUGGUUCUUUUUCACACAGGAGGUGCUGACACCAAUAUUCCCCAAAAUAGCAGCGUGGCCGAUAUCAGAGUACUUCCUGGUGCGCGACACAAGCCUGAUCCCCAACAUUUUAUGGUUUGAAUAUACAGUGACCAGAUCAGAGGCAAGAAACAGACAACGAAAGCUUGGAACAAAACUUCAGUGAUCUUCACGGUUCUUUUGUGAAACUGAGUUUAGGACCACACACACACACACCAUACAUACACACACUCGCAUAUACACACAAACAGUUGCUCACUCAACAAAAACACACUGGAGAACCAUCUUUUGGACUGACGUGGUUGCAAAGAGUAAAGGGCAAAAAACCGUUUACAGGUGGCGAAAGAGUGCCUGGACCUGACCCGGAGCCUACAGCCUGAGCAAGUCCGUCCACACGCCUCUCCUUGUACAGCUUGCCCAAAAUGCUCUUCAGUGCAUGCAAGACUGUGCAAGAGGCAUCCUAUUUAAUGAUAGAUUAAUAUAUAUAUUUUAACUAUAAACGCACGCUGACAGUAACAGUGUACUGUACGAGAUCCAAGGAGACUAAAAGGAGGCUUUGGUCACGUUUCAAACAAAUUGGUGGGCGUCAUUGCAGCAUGUAUUUAGUGAUUCCUUUUUUUUUUUCUUUUCUUUUUCUUUUUUUUAAUAUUCUGAUGGAUAGCCGGUGGGAACGGGUGGGUUGGGGGGUUGGUUAUGGUUAGGUUUUUCAUUGUUAUAUAAUAGAAAAUGAACAAUUUAUUAAAAAAAGGAAAAAAAAUGGUUAUGAUGUAAUAUAAAUGAAAAUUUGCACUUUGUGAAAUUUACAAGUUUAAAAAAAAAACUAACACUAGUUCAAUGUUAAGACCUUCCCCCUCUUUUCCCUCAUCAGUCUUUGCUUUGUAUCUAUGACUGUCAGUUCUAAUAUAUUAGACUCCAAAGCUGAUCUGGAAGCAGUGUAAAUCUAAUGUACCUUCUGUGCUAUUGAGCAUCGAGGUUGUGUUUUCAGUUCAUAUCCGUGUUUGAGGGUUAUGAGACUGAAUCACAGCAGCAGGUUUCAGUUAUUUUCGUUGUUGAGCACACUUUGGACUGAGGUGGUGUUUUCUUGAUGCCUCACACAGUAGCAGCCUGGGAACAGAAUUGUGGGUAUCAUUUUUUAAAAAAAAUUCAGUUUCCUCUUGUCUUGUUUUCUGCUGUGGCAGAGAACAGUUUCCUUUUUACCUGCAUUUCCAAGAUAACAUUCCAUAUCAGUGAGUGAGAAAACAUACACGAUGACUGCUGAGGGGAUAUGUUUUCUUUUUGUAUUAUUUUUGAAGAAAGAAAGGAGAAAAAAAAAGCCUCAGGUCAGUCAUAGCAUGUGAUUAUGCUUAAUUCCUCACAGCCCACGGCAGCUAAUGUUCAAACCUGUCAAGUGGGAAUCUGAAGCUGAUUUAAAACUGUCAUAUCAUUAGCUCCACAAAGGGAAGUAGUUCUCUUAGACUCUGAUUUUUUUUUUUUUUUUCAUGUGUAACCUAUAUCAGGCUGAAUAAAAAUGUGUUUAUGUACAAAA